CCAUCAGUUAUAAUACAAAUCAAUCAUCAUCAAUGGCGUCGAAGCUCACUCUUCUCUUCGCCACCUUCGCUCUCUUCUUGCUCCUCGCCAAAGCAUCGAGAUUCGACCUGCAAUACGACUUCGAGGAGGAUGAGGAGAAUCAACAACAGCAACAACAACAGAGAUGCCAACGGGAGUUCGCGAGGCACCAACAACUCAGAGCUUGCCAGCGAUUCAUCAGGAGACAAACCACGAGGGGACCUCGCCUGGACGAUGAAUUGCUACUCGAUGAUGAAGAUGAGGAGAAUCAGCAGCAGCAGCGUGGUCAACAAGACUUCCAGAUAUGCUGCCAACAGCUGAGAAACAUUGACCCACAAUGCAGGUGCCCGGUGCUGAGACGCGCAGUGAGAAUUCAGCAACAGAGAACGCAGGGACAACAGGGACAACAGGGACAGAAGCAGGUGAGGAGGAUGUACCGCGUCGCCAGCAACAUUCCGAACAUGUGCCAGUUGCAGCCUAGCGUCACUUGUCCCUUUGGCCAGCAAAUUUGGGAGUAGACCACUCUCUCUAUAUAUAUAUAUAUGUAUAUACAUGUAGAGGGCGGCCAUGUAUGCAGACGAUCCAUCUAUGUAUAAGAAUGAAAGAAAUAAAAAAAGUUAAGAGUCCUUGUUCUUGCGGUUUAGCCGCAGAGAUUAGGCGGGAGACAAGCUAGUGGCCAGAUGCAAAGGCUUAGCACAUUAUCGUGUGUGUUUGUGUGUGUGUGUUUUUUUCCCACUGUACUUUGUCUAUAAUAAAAGCCACC